UGUAUUUUAUUUUAUUGCAGACACAGAUUGAAAUUUAUAGUACUACUUCUCAGUAUUUGUCUCCUCUUCAAUGAAUGGCUUAUUUAUCAUAUUUUACCAUUAAUAAAAUGGCCUAAAUUGUCAAAAUUACCCCUAUCAAGUGAUGAGUUAAAGAUAUUACUAAUUGGUGAUCCACAACUUCUUGGUGAUUAUUUUACUGGAUCGUCUUUACUUGGUCAUAUAUCUCAAUGGGAUUCUGACAGAUUUGUUCAGAAGACUUUUAAUUUAGCAUUAAAUCAUAUCCAACCAGAUGUAAUUAUUCUUUUGGGAGACAAUUUGGAUGAAGGUGAAAUUGCAUCAGAUCAAAAAUAUAAAAAAUAUAUCAAUCGUUUUCUAAAUAUUUUUUCACAGCUGGAUUUUAAUAAGGUUAUAAUUAUACCAGGUGACAAUGAUAUAGGAGGAGAAAAUGGGGAUGCUCUUUCUGAUAAGAUAGAUAGAUUUGAUUCUUACUUUAAGAAGGAUGUGUUUUUAAAUGUAAAGUUUGCUGAAUUUGUUAAGGUAAAUUAUUUGACAAGAUCAUCAGAAUAUGAAAUUACUCCUAAAUUAAUUCCUGGAAAAAUAAGAAUCAUACUGUCACAUGUGCCACUUACUCCUAUUCCAAGUUAUUUUGUAAAAAAGGUUCUUUCAUUUGUUCAACCUCAUUUAAUAUUUUCUGCUCAUGAACAUAUUUCUAUGCAUAUCGUAUCAGAUAGAUAUACACAGGCGAGUGUGUCUACAAUUCCGACAUUCAACGAACAGGGUACUUUAGAAAGAAUCAAUUUAACUAAUGACUGCACGCACGAAAUAUUAGUUCCAACCUGUUCGUACCGUAUGGGUACAGAAAAAAUGGGAUACGGAAUGGCCAUUUUAUAUCCAAACGGAGUACUAUAUUAUUCAGUGCUGUGGUUGCCGUCUCGUCUCAAGCAGCUGUACUUUUACUUGGGGUUGGGCCUGACCUGCCUGCUGCUGCUUAUGCCUUUGGCAAUAUGGAAACCCAUCGACAGAUGGACCGAAAGAAUCUCCUCUCUCUUCUCUCUGCGACAACGAUGACUACCCGAAAGAAACUGCCGCACCCAUCGUUCCGCCUCCGAUAUUUUAUUUACCGAAAAAAUAAAUUUAAUUUUAUAAAAUUUGA